AGCUGUUGCUUCGGUCUGAAGUUAAGUGACAGAUUGUGUAUAUCACAAACAUUCAUUUUUACUACAGAACGCUGCACAACGCGCCUAUCCUCUGCCGAAAGAUCCCGAAUCUUGCCUCGCCGAUUCCAAAGGGAGCCCGAGGGAGAACCGAUGCUCAGCGCAUAGACGAGAGCCGCUGUUUCCAUUUCACCAUCGCUUUAACAGCCCUAUCAUGUUGGUCAUUUUCCUAGUUUACAUUAUUUAAACAAUGACUGAGGCUGGAUUCCGAACGACUUGACAUGUCCGUGAAAGAUAUGGUAUCUGGGGAUUUAUCACCGCAAACAAGGAUUUUUUUCAAUCUCAUUAAAGACCAAACAAGGCGGGUACAUGUUUAAAUAUAUAGAGCGCCUACAGGCACAGUGUAGGCUACAUAUUUUCACAUAAGAUCUGUGAACGGAGAGUCCGCAUAUACAUUCAGUUGGAUAUGCAAAAGGAUGUAUUAUCACUGAAAAGAUAAAGAGAGCUCUUUGCGCUGGAGACUAGAAUGGUCGAAAAAAAGGCGUCUCUGGUUUUGAUGGAGAAUCCAACAAGCAGAGCAAGAUCCGUAGACCCUCAAUAAAAGUGUCUUGUGCUGGAGCCUAAUAAGACCACCGUUAUUUUCAGAAUUUAGAUGUAUUUACCAGUGACAGGAUCCAGUUGAUGACAUUCACCGAGAUAUAAGUAUUUGAAAACAGCCAACAUUGUCAGCAAUUCGAAUUUACUCAUUUGUUCUAUUCUGCCAGUGUGAUGGGAAUUUAUUGCUGAACAUUGGGAGAGCUUUAUGGAAAACCUGAAGACAUGACAUGCACACGAAAAAAGAGGAAACGAUCCUUUUUGUUCUUUAAAACCUGUGUUUAUUUAAGAAGUCUGCAAAAAGAGACAUUAUUUUUGCAUUAAGAUCUGGCCGAUUCUAUGGAGGUGACAAUACCCUGUAUUAAUUAUUUAAUCUAUUCUUUAUGUUUUCAGUAAUUUAUCAUCGUGGAUUAUAUUUGGAAUUGACGCUCGUUUUGCUGAACCCUCUAUGCCAUUUACUGUUGCUAUACUUGAUUUUGAAUCCUUAUAUGUGUAUAUAAUGUGGACCGCAACAAGCUCCCCAAACGGCCUAGAAUAAAACCGUAAGCCUUUGUCUCGAGGACAAGUAUAAUACAUGAGGAGGACUGGGGUCACCAAGGAACACUGGGACACGAGGAACUGCGGUAGCACUUCGUAAUAACUAAGGAGCUGACGCUGUAAGAACAAGAGGCACCAAGGGGUAGCGCUACAGGAAACGAGGGGCUCAGUGCAAAAUGGGGCAAUGCAGAGUGAAGCACUCUGGUUCCAUGUGAGCUCCAGAGAAGAGGCAACCACGAGGACGAACGAAAGGGCAGCUGGAGGAGGAGGAGGUGGCGGAGGAGAGGGAGAAGGAAGAGGGGUGGAUUUCAGGAGAAAAGAGGGCUUGACACGGGAGCCAAAGGGAUGGCCAAUGGCAACGAGAGCAGCGAGGGGCUUGGCGGUCCCAUGGCUGCAGUGGUGGCCACGACGGAAGGAAUGGCAGUCGGGGGCCCAUCGUCAGUUGUGUCCACAUACAUCAAACUGGUCCUACUGGGUCUGAUCAUCUGCAUCAGCCUGGUGGGGAACCUGGUGGUGUCUCUGCUGGUCCUCAGGGACCGGGCCCUGCACAAGGCCCCCUACUACUUCCUGUUGGACCUGUGCCUGGCCGACACCAUCCGCUCGGCUGUCUGCUUCCCCUUCGUGCUGGUGUCCAUUAAGAACGGCUCGGCCUGGACCUACAGCGUGCUCAGCUGCAAGGUGGUGGCCUUCAUGGCCGUGCUCUUCUGCUUCCAUGCCGCCUUCAUGCUCUUUUGCAUCAGCGUGACACGUUACAUGGCCAUCGCCCACCACCGCUUCUACUCCAAGCGCAUGACCUUCUGGACGUGCGUAGCAGUGGUGUGCAUGGUGUGGACGCUGUCAGUGGCCAUGGCCUUCCCACCCGUCUUUGAUGUGGGCACCUACAAGUUCAUCCGCGAGGAGGACCAGUGCAUCUUCGAGCACCGCUACUUUAAGGCAAACGACACACUGGGCUUUAUGCUGAUGCUGGCCGUGCUGAUCCUGGCCACUCACGUGGUCUACAUGAAGCUGCUGCUCUUCGAGUACAAGCACCGCAAGAUGAAGCCUGUCCAGAUGGUGCCAGCCAUCAGCCAAAACUGGACUUUUCACGGGCCCGGCGCUACCGGCCAGGCAGCAGCCAACUGGAUCGCAGGCUUUGGCCGGGGCCCCAUGCCACCCACCCUGCUGGGCAUCCGGCAGAACUUGCACAACCAGAACCGGCGCCUGCUGGGCAUGGACGAGUUCAAGGCGGAGAAGCAGCUUGGCAGGAUGUUCUACGUGAUCACCUUGUUGUUCCUGGUGCUGUGGUCGCCCUACAUAGUGGCCUGCUACUGGCGGGUGUUUGUCAAGGCCUGCACCAUACCGCACCGAUACCUCUCCACCACCGUAUGGAUGAGCUUUGCCCAGGCAGGGGUCAACCCCAUCGUCUGCUUCUUCCUCAACAAGGACCUGAAGAAGGGGCUCCUGGCCCACCUGCCAGCCUGCUGUAGGACUAAACCUCAUCUGCCCCGAGAGCCUUACUUUGUCAUGUGAGGGGGACGGUGGGCAGGGAUGUCUGUGACUGGUUAGGAUGGCAUGAGGGACCAUUUUAGUUGGUGUGGCCUUUGAUUAAAAAAAAUGUCUUUCUUUUUUAUAAAUGGCCUUGGUCAGGAAACAAAAUUAAGAGAGGGAUUCCUUCUACACACAGACAGAAUACAAGACUAAACCAACAACUCAAACGAUCUAAAUCAGAUGCAUGUUUGUAUUCUUCAUUUUAAUGUGGAACCUAUGAAACUGGUACGCAGUCUUUAAACAGGCGAGGCCAAGAGAAUGAUCAUUCUGGGCCUGCUAUCGUGAAAGAGAUUGAAGUGAGGGUGACAGUUUUUCUGUAGGUUGUGGGGACAACCUGGUCAUAUUUCUCAGUCACUCCCUCAUCUAUUCUCUCAGACCAAAAAUAUCAGAUGGUCCUCUGACAAUUUGCUAGUGAAUGACUAAUAGGAGAGUGUUCUAGCACUGCUUCCUUCCUUCAUCCACUUGAAUCAAAGGCAUCAUUAAUACAGUCAAACAGAGAAAUUAUGAGUUUUGUACAAAUAGCAUAUUCAGGCACUGUUGGCUUCAUUUGGAGUUUAUUUGGGGUUUCUAUUACAUUCUAAUUUGGUCUAACACUUCAGAUGAGUACACUAUUGGAUAUGGGAAAUGUUAAAAGAGCUGCCAUCGAGAACAGUUUUAUCUUGUGUUCAUGAGCGUUUAACAGAAAUGAGCAGAUAAUAAUUGUGAAGUGCUAAUAGGCAGACAGAAUUAUGAAAUGCAUGUUAAGCUGAUAUGUGUAAUCACAUGAUUUCUGAGGAUAAAUUAAACAGACCAAUGCCCCAAUCAGUGACAAACUGAGAACUUGAGACCACACAAAAAUCUAUGAUAAAUUGACAGAAAAUGCUCCAUGCUCUUGCCAAAUUCCUUUUGCUGUAGGUGGUAUUGUUGCAGAUGACUGAUUUUUUUUCUUCAAUCUGAAAUUGUUUAAAAAGACAGUUGAUAGAAAAUAUUCAUAAAACCUAAACCAGAAUGUUUAGAUCUUCAGAUAGGAUAAAGUUCAUCACUUCACAUGAAGGUCUUUGUAGAGAGGUGGGGGAAAAUUCAGCCCAUUUAUAUUUUUGCACACAGGAAUUGAGGAAUUGAUAAAUCCUUUUUUUUUCUUAACAUGAUUUAGACUUGAACCAGAAUGCUAACUAAGUGUAGGCCGGGACACAGAGAUUGUAAUAUCUUAAGUGAAUGUCAAGCAGAGGUCUGGAAUAUGAUACUAUCCCUUCGUGGGUACAAAUGUACAUUUAUUUUAGUUUUCAAAAUGCUCUAAUGUUGUCUGCAAACAAUAACAACAACAAAAACUAACAAUAACAAUGAAGCUACAGAUAACUGAAUUGUUAUUUCUAUUAUCUGCAUUAUGGCCUUACUCUUCGCUCUCUCUCUCGCUCUCUCUCAAAAAAAGGUUUGUUUAUAACCAAUGCAAGAAAGAGUUGACAGCUAUAUGCCUCUAUGUGUUAAAGUAAUAAACAUAAAGAGACUAUUCCAACUAAUGGGGAAACACAAAACUGUGUAAUUAAUUAUUUUUGGAGGACACAUCUCUCCCCCUCGCAACCUUAAAAAAAAAACACCAGUCAAAAACUUUAACAAGGAUGGUAAUAAAGAAAGAACACUUGCCGAAUUGUAACACAGGAGUGUGCAAUUGUGUGUAAAGGACAGAGGAAACUUUAAUCCAACAUCAACAAUUAAUGGAAUUAACAAAAGCCCUUCCAAGAUUAUUGUGGAUUUAUUUGAGAUUUUUUGUUGUUGUUUCUUUUCUUAUCAGUCAGUGGGGGCGGAGGCUGGUGUUGUGUAUUGAUUUGUGAAAACAACGAUUUAAAAAAAUGUGUGUGGAUUUUGGGGUCGGUUGUUGUUGGGGAGGUAAGGAGGGAGACCGGGCGUGAUUUUUUGAUAAGCAGAAAUGCCUGACAGUGCUUUUUCGGUUGCUUCAGGCACACACACUUCAGGCACUUUUGUAAAUUAUCUAUGACCUCCGUACUAUUUAAUGUGUAUUAUAUGGACAAUGGACUGACUUGGAAUUGAGGGGGGGAGAAGGGGGUUCCUGGUCAUCGCAUUUUUACAACACGUGUGUGUGAGUGUUUCUGUACGCCAGUAUGAAUGUGCGUAUGUUUAGAGGCUAGAGGGAUGAAAACAAAGGACAUGUGGGAAAUUGGAAUGACCAGAAAUUUUGCAUUUUGAAAUGACACUCCUGCAAAUGCUUAUUCAGUCUUUUUCAUCCUCAGCCUGUUCCUGACACAGAGAAUUUAAUGUGCUAAAACCAAUGAGGUUCAUUCAAAAAUCUGAGGCGAGUGUCUUCUUAAACCAUUCAACUGCAGAGCCUCAAGAGGUAGCCCAUAACAUUUUAUACACAUGCAGUUCCUCUAAAUUGGACUACAGAGCCUUCUAUCUCAAUGGAGAUUCUGUUCUUGCAUACAUGUAUGGGAAUAUGAAGGGUGAAGUCCGUUUGAGCUUGUGUCUUGGGGCGAGUGGUUCUAUCCACAUAGCUUCUAUGAUUAUUGCACUCUUAUUAAGUUCCAAUGUGUCUCAGUGAAAGGAAUAACUUUUAUACAUGAUCCUGGCUUGGGGUUUAAAUUUGAAAUACACUGAGUUAUGUUGGUCUAAGAACAAACAUUCUAAUACUUUCCGUACUUCUCAUUUCUGCCUCUUCUGUAGUGUUUUGACUUUGCAAAAGCCCAAAGCCAGCCAAAACCCAAUUUGACAUCUGAAUGUCUUGUUUAAUAACUCACUGAUUUUACAGUGUGGCUGUAGUUAUGACGCUGUGUGGAGAGACGACAUUAUGGAUGAUAAGAAAUGUAAAGACAGAAAAAGCUGUCUCAGACACAUGUGCAGUGUUAUUAUACAUUAAAUCUAUGAAAAUACAGACUCGUAAGGAUAGUCCUGUAUGUCUCUGAAUAGUGGAACAAAUCCUGAAUCUCAGAACUGAAAUACUUUGGACUUUGCCCUUUAAGCUGAACCACAAAAUGUCAAAGCUCACGAAAAAAAAUCUGCAGUUGAAUAUCAAAUCUAAAAUAACAGAGGUUUGAAGGAUACCUAUGUAAAUGUCUUUGGGCCCCUACAUAUCUUGGAAGUCAGAGGGUGUGGUUUCAAUAUAUUUUCUGUAUUAUAUAAAAAAUAAAAACUGCCUGAGCUGUUUAAGCACGUCUCUGGCCAUUUAUGAUUUUUUGUCAUUUGUUUUUGUAAUGAAAAUUUUAUUUCCUUGGAAACUAUUGACAGAUUGCAAUGACUAAACGUAACACAUUCCUUAAUACAUUUAAAGGCAGUAAAUAUACGGUCUUCUUUUCCCAUGCGUUAUCCAUCUUCAUAAGGUCACCAAGUUGCAAAGAGUUUACAAAGCCCCAGAUUAGCCCACUUGUGGAAAGGUUGGAAAGAGGUUCAUGAUCAGCUUGCAGAACCGUCACAUUAAGUUUCAACUUUUGAUGCCAUCUUUCCUUUAUACUAACUUUCAGCAUCAAACUUGCAAAGCUUCCCCACAAAUGUAUACCGAACAAGAAUAUUAAAAGAAACAUGUAAAGUGUUGGUCCUUGGUUUCAUGAGCUGAAAUAAAAAGAUCCCAGAAAUGUU